AAUCAAUACUGAAACCUGAAAAUGUCAACAUAAACAAAUGUCAUAUUGUAACAAAGUUUUAACUAAAACAAGUUAAAACAUGAAGUUAACAAUAAAACGCUACCGUGUAAUGCUGGCAUUACAAACCGUGCUAUUUCUUGUUGAUUUUUUUAUUAACAUAUUUUCAGUCCUUGUGCGGCAAAAUAAUGGGCUUUCUUUAAUACUACUAAUAAUUCAAUGUGCUUGUCUUGUUAUCUCAUUGGGGACACUAUUUGUGUCAUUUUUUUCAACUUAUGCUUUCCAAGCCGGUCUUAUUGACCUUCUUUAUGAAAAAUUCCACGUUAGCUUGUUAAUAUUUUUAUUGUACUUUUUUAUGACUAUAUUUCUUCAAAUAUGGUUUUUGGUCGUCCAGUGGAACAACACGGCGAAAUUUAUGUGGACGACCCCACUUUUUAUCCUAUUUAUCGGUCAAAGGACUCUAACUCCGAUUUAUUAUUACUUCUACAAGCGCACGAGUUUACGAAUAAGCGACCCGAGGUUUUACGAAGACGUGUGGAACCAAAACCGGAUAGAAAACUCUCAAUAAAGUCUUAAAGUCUUUAUUUUAUUUCAUUUAUAAGCUCAUUUUUCUGCAAGUUGGCUAACGUCAUCCCAACACU